AAUUUGUCUCAGACGACCAAACUGUGGUCCAAAUCGUACAAUGUCAACCCGGCUUAACUAAAGAUGAACAAAUGAAAAACAUAAUGAAUACAAUACUAAUAUGAGAAUACAUUUCAGACAUAGGAGAACAGUAAGCUUUUCUGGAUUUGAUUACAAAACAAGACCUUCUAUAGCCUAAAUAAGACCUAAUGUUUAUACACUAAAUGAUCGAUAUGGCUUGCUGUUUUGAAGGGACCUCAUAUGGAGCUAAGCUUUCCUCGGGCUCCUUUUUAAACCCCAGCAUUGAAGUUGAUGUUAUUCGACCUUGCCACAUGCUGUGCUUUGGUGAAUUGAUUCCACUGCAGUAAUGUGCAUUGAAUUAAUACCGUUACUUAUAGUGAGUGUUUUAAACGCAGGAUGGGAAGGUUAAUUGAAACAGAACAACGUGAUUGCAUUCCUUUCACACAGCCAUAUCCAUCUGCCAUACCUCGACACGUCUUAACGUGCCUUAGGCGAAACGACAAUGUUGCAGAGAACAAGCAAGCCACAAUAAGCUAAUAGGCUGUAUAAUUAACGGCGGGAACCGACUAGUAUUUCUUUUCUUUUCUUUUUUUUUUUUUAGUUCUAGCUCUUGUGCUGGGAGAGUGGACUCACAACCACCACAGAACCACCUCCGCUCUCUUCUACACCGCAUCUGGCCGCGCGCCACGAAAAGAACUGGUUUAGCGCUGCACGCGCUGGGUUUCGGAAAAGGCGCGCGCGCGCGCUCACCCAGUGACGUCGCUCUCCGGGGCGCGCGCUCCGCUCCUGCUUCAGUCUCCGGUCCCGGAGUCCGGUGUGUGAGAGGAAGAGAGUCUGUCUUUCAGCGUCCCGCCGCGACCUGUGAAGGAAUCCGUGAAUGAACAGCUGAGGCUGGGAGCAGAACGGGUUGGACAUGAACCAUGAAAUGAAGAAGUGGACACCGAGACAAAGCGAGGUCAUGUUAAUGGGUUUGGAAUUUGGUGAGUAAUUGGUUUCUCCUUCACUCCUCUUCCAUGACAAACCGGAACGCACCACCUCCACUGCAUGCCAGCCGAAUGUGCGAGAGAACGGUUCCACUUGGAGACGCCUCUUCACUACCUGGAGGUGCCGUGUAUGGACAGAUUCCUCCCAAAUGAAUAUUGUCUCCAAGAACAAGUUUGUAACAUUAUGGUGAAACCACAAUGGACAUCCUUAACUCUAUAGACUUCACCUUCACAUAGCAACGCCAGUGGGUUGAACAUCAAAAAUAGGUUCAUCACAUGAGUUUCAGUCUCCAGCCCUCAUACAUGAGUGUGAGGAUCUGUCCUGAGCACCUCACUACCAGCUAGUGACCAAGGCAGAAGUCCAGCUGUUUAAGGAUGGGGGCUCUAGCAGGACCACUUAUGGGUGGCUUCAGCUCUACCACUGCCUCUUUGGACAUCAGUGGCUGGGUGACCUGGCCUGGGAACACCACCAUAAGCCUGAACCAGAGCCUGUUUUGGACCGACCCCAGCGCCAACCUUUCCUCCGCCUCGUCUUCCAGUCAGGGAAUAGCCAAGGAAGUGAUCAAAGAGAAGAACUGGCCAGCGCUGCUCAUACUCAUCAUCAUCCUGCUGACCAUAGGAGGGAACAUUCUUGUUAUUAUGGCCGUGUCGCUGGAGAAGAAGCUGCAGAACGCAACUAAUUUCUUCCUGCGGUCUUUGGCUGUGGCAGACAUGUUGGUGGGCAUCCUAGUAAUGCCCAUCUCGCUCAUCAACAUCCUGUAUGACUAUGUGUGGCCACUUCCUGAAGCUCUGUGCCCAAUCUGGAUCUACUUAGAUGUGCUUUUCUCCACGGCCUCAAUCAUGCACCUGUGUGCCAUCUCUCUGGACCGCUACGUGGCUAUCUGCAACCCCAUCCAACACAGCCGCUUCAACUCGCGCACCAAAGCCAUGCUGAAAAUCGCUGCUGUCUGGACCAUCUCUAUAGGUAUCUCCAUGCCUAUUCCCGUGAUUGGCCUCCGCAACACAGAUAAAGUUUUUGUUGAUGGAAGCUGCAUGCUGAACGAGGAGCGUUUUGUGCUGGUCGGCUCCUUCGUGGCCUUCUUCAUCCCUCUUGUCAUUAUGGUGGUCACAUACUGCUUAACUGUCCAGGCCCUUCAGCGUCAAGCCUCUGUCUUCCUCUGUGAAGCUAAAGCCUCUUCCCAGCAGCCCUUGCAGCCGGCAGCCUCGUCCUCAUCUCAGCUGGCUCCGCCCCCUGUGCCCUCCCGUCGUAGCAGCCUGAACUGUCUGCGGUUUGGAAACUCACUGAGUCCAGCGACACCCGACAGCAUCUCCAUGGCGGCUGGGUCAGAGGCGCCGUCUCAGCUUAGCUCUCCGGCUGUAUCCCACGGCCGCCGUGGCAUGAUGCAGGCCAUCAAAAACGAGCGGCGAGCAUCCAAGGUCCUGGGCGUAGUAUUCUUCCUCUUCCUGCUCAUGUGGUGCCCAUUUUUCAUCACCAACGUGCUGUUUGUGCUGUGUCGUGGUGCAUGCAAUGAGCCCCUGCUCUCCGACCUGCUCAACGUGUUUGUGUGGGUGGGCUACAUCUCGUCGGGUGUGAACCCUCUAGUAUACACUCUCUUCAAUAAGACCUACAGGCGUGCCUUCUCCAACUACAUGCGCUGCCAGUAUAGCGGAGUCCGGCUCAAGCCUGCGGCCAUCCAUGUACCAUGCCCUUCACAAGCCGCUGUCACGCCGCUUCUAAUUUGCGUAGAUGUUGACCGGAACAGUAACUGCCGCAAUGGAGACGGCAACGCGCUUCAGAAGCUAGAGCUACCUGACAUUGACACUCAUAUUGGGAUAGAGCUACAAACUAGAGUGUCAGCGCUAUCCGUCAACAGCUGCCAUAAUCUGGCAGAACACACCAGCAGUGUUUGAUUCACUAUGGCUGAGCCAUCUGCUGUAGCAUGGCCACCAGGAUCAUCUAUGUGUGUCUGAAAAAACUCCUUUUUACUCAAGGAAAGCGCCACCCCAAUGGAACCCACACCAGCACUGGGGCUGGCUAUCACCAAACUGUAGAAUGUAUGCUGGCAGAGCACGGGGGGAUGAUUUAUUUCAUCAGGGACUAAACCUGGUUCACAUGCAUUAGGACAAUCCAGGACACUCUGCACUGUGUGGGAAUUGAAUCUGAAGUUUAAAAAAAAAAAAUCUAUAAUAUGAUGAUGUGUUUGAACAGGUUCAGAUAUCUGAAUGCCAUAAUGUGUUGCAUGGCUUAAUCUAGUUUUUCAAUAAAACAAUACACAACAGUGUGAAUAAGCAACAAGGCUUCCAAACAGAGAGCUCUAGCUCCCUCAUGUGGUUCUUUACAAAAAUUCAAGAUGGCUUUUGAGAUGCGAGAGAAAGGAGGCUGACCUACAUUCACCACCAAAAACUGUCAGGCAUUAAAUUAUCUACAACAAGCACAUCAAAGCUUUGAAUAAAUGACGUUUCCAUUGCAUAUGUUUGUUUCAAUAUACCUUUCAAUCAUUGGUAGGUAACAGCCUAAGUCUAUCUAUGCAUAAUAAUCAAUGCAUUUUGGAAUGGCAGGAUCUGGAAUGUUUUAUUUCAUCUAACCUGACAGAUUGGAAGAGAAAAGCCUAAAGAAGUCCUCCGAUCAUCUCAUAACCACAAACCCACCUGUAAUUGCGCAUCCUUGGCAAAUUUCUAAUCAAAGCAUGCAGUGUUUUGGCUAGCUAAGGUAUGGCACCAGAGCUAUGCUUUAAAUCAUGACGUUGAGACGUGGUUAGAUUUACGUAGAAAAUGUUGCAACGUCAUAAGUCAAAGAAAUGUUACUCUCCCAAAAGCUACUUUCUCAAUCAAUGCCACAACUGUUGGAGAAUUUUCUCUUGAAUGUAAAUGUCCGUUAUCUAGUGGUGUUGCGAUGAAGUCCGAACACACAAGAGAACUACACAGAAUGCAUGAAAAGCCACAUCUCAAACAGCAAAACCUAAUCUGUCAGAUCCAAACCUUAUGUUCAGAGGAGCUAUAGUUGUGAGUUGUUGUGUAAAAUGCUGUAAAUGCUUGUUGUUUUGUGAGUGUGUAGAAUUUUAGUACUCGGUAAUAUAUUAAAGGCAAUUCAUUCAGACUGCCAUUUUAUACCAAAACCUGUGAAUGCUUGUUCAAAUCACUUCUCCUGUUUCAAUCAUUUACACAUGACCUUUUUGUGAUGCUGCUAUUUAUUUAAUAAACUUCCAUUAUCAUUCGUGUCAGUGUUUUUGCUCUAUGACAGUAUGUCGUUAAAGGAAAACUCCACCCUGAAGGACUUGCAAUAUGUAUCAUCAAUAUGUGUAGAAUUGUGCAAAAGACUUAUUUUAUAAUAAACGUUUACAAUUUUGGUUGAAACUUCUUUCAUCAUCAUUUCUAUUUUCGUGUCAUUCUAUUUGGACUUUUUUCACAUUACUUAUAACGGACAUCGAUUGCC